AUGCAGGGUGCGGGGGAAGCGUCCAGGAGCCACGGCGCCUGUCAGCUUCCUCACACGGCGGUCCCGGGGAGCAGCUUCCUCACACGGCGGUCCCGGGGAGCCGGCCCUGCACCGCGGCGGCGGCCGGCCUUCGGGAAGACGGAGAGCCGCCGCCGGAGUCUGGCACAGGCGGCUCCUCGGGCACCAGCGCGCGGCCCUCCCCUCGCACCCCAUUGGGCCCUCGGCACCACGUGA